GGCCCUGGACAUCCCCAUUACUGACUACUCGUUUGAAGACUGUCAACUGGCCAUGGCUGAGGGUCAGCUCAGACUCCCUGUUGACACCUGCCUGCUGGAGUUCGCCAAGCUGGUCCGGAGACUGGGGUUGAAGCCCCAGAAAGUGGAGAAGGUACUGCAGGAGUUUGGGAACAGAGCCAGGAAGAUGGAGGGAGAGAAGCUGGGUCUGGAAGCCUUUGCCCACUACCUUGAUGUCCCUGUGUCAGACAUGCUCAGAGACAUCUUCUCCCUCUUCAACGAGCAGGAAGACAACGUGAUAGACAUCAGAGAAUAUGUCAUCGCCUUAUCGGUUGUAUGCAGACCUGCUAAAACUCUGGAGACCAUGAAACUGGCCUUCAGGAUGUUUGAGGCGGAGGAGGACGGUGCGAUCACAGUGGCUGAGUUGGCCUGCAUCCUAAAGACGGCGUUAGGAGUGGCUGACCUCGACGUCUCACGUCUCUUCGCUGCUAUCGACACAGAGGACACGGGGAAACUCACCUUUGGCAAGUUCAGGAGCUUUGCAGAGCAUCACCCAAACUUCAGUGAGGACUACCUGUCCACAGACAAUACAGGCCGUAACGGCUGUCCUCACCAGCCCAAGGCCACGCCCAACGCCAAGCCUCAGACCAACGGCUUCUGCCCUGACUUCAGCCCGCGAGACAAACACCACGACACAACGACGGACUGUUCAGUGAAGAAACACAACUGAGUCCGUUAGUCACCUGAGAAUCCACCUCUCCUGGUGAGAGAGUGGGUGGUGGGGGUUGUUGUUGUUGUUGUUGUUGAUGGGCUAUAUGUAUGGUCAGUCGGAUACACACACACACACACACACACACACACACACACACACACACACACACACACACACACACACACACACACACACACACACACACACACACACACACACACACAGACAAGAAAUGUAACCCUUAUUAACCGUAUCCAGAAUGUUUCUACGGUUCAUUUGAUCUUGGUAAUCUGACGUUGUUUGUUUUUCGUAGAGUUUUUCUGUAUUUGUUCUGAGGAAGGAACAUUUUAAAUGCCAAAAAGAUGGCUGAUGACGAUUGAGGAGAAGUGAAGCAUGAAACACUGGAAGGGAAGCACAUGUGAUGUUUCCUCCAUGUUGGGGUCUGGGAGAGGUCGAGAGACACCACCUCAACCAGGGAAGAACAUGUGAUGUUUCCUCCAUGUUGGGGUCUGGGAGAGGUCGAGAGACACCACCUCAACCAGGGAAGCACAUGUGAUGUUUCCUCCAUGUUGGGGUCUGGGAGAGGUCGAGAGACAACACCUCAACCAGAGAAGAACGUGAUGUUUCCUCCAUGUUGGGGUCUGGGAGAGGUCGAGAGACAAUACCUCAACCAGAGAAGAACGUGAUGUUUCCUCCAUGUUGGGGUCUGGGAGAGGUCGAGAGACAACACCUCAACCAGGGAAAGGAACCUUAGUUUUGAGUGAAUUCGGUGUUUAUUUCUUAGUUUAAUCUUCUUCUUUCUGAUGGAAAGAUGGCAGGUUUGACUCUGGGUGCUUUACUGUCAGUGAGCAGUAUUGAGGGACUGUGACGGAAUAGAACAGCCUUAAAGCACCAGUGACAUUGUCUGAGCCCACUUUGGCUUUGAUUGAACUUUUGAGGUGCAAUAUGGCUGAUGUACAGAUGUAGGAUCUUAAUUUGAGCCAGUUGGCUACAGCAGGGAAAAUAAUCCUGCAUCAACAGGAAAUGUUUUAAUUAUUAUAUGGAUUAUAAUGUAUGGUAAUUUUUGGGCAGGUUAAUACAUCAAUAUAUAAAAUAAGGGAAAAUAAAGUCUGACAUUUCUAAGUGGAAAUUACAAACUUCAAAAUAAAUUUUAAACCUAAAAUACACGACACAUUUUAAAUGCAGGAAAGUUCUCCUGAAACAUGGUGAUCAAAUUAAGAUCCUACACCUGUAAAAUGGGUCAGAUUUAAGGUGUGAUUAUGGCUGAUAUCAGAGGGGUCAGAUUUAAGGUGUGAUUAUGGCUGAUAUCAGAGGGGUCAGAUUUAAGGUGUGAUUAUGGCUGAUAUCAGAGGGGUCAGAUUUAAGGUGUGAUUAUGGCUGAUAUCAGAGGGGUCCGGUUUAAGGUGUGAUUAUGGUUGAUAUCAGAGGGGUCCGGUUUAAGGUGUGAUUAUGGCUGAUAUCAGAGAGGUCAGGUUUAAGGUGUGAUUAUGGUUGAUAUCAGAGGGGUCAGAUUUAAGGUGUGGCUUUAAGGGAAAACAGAACCAGCAGGGUGUAAGUCAUGUAAUGCGACUGCGUUGUCGUCAGUGCAGACGACCGUCUCUCCUAAAGACCAGGACUUCAGACAUGAGAUCUGAGUUAAUAUAUGAGAUGUUCGCUGGAUUACAUUGUUUGUUUGUUUAACUGACAGUAAACCUGUUUAAAUAGACGUAAUCUAAAGUAGUGCACUAUGUAGGGAAUAGGGCCCUGGUCUA